AUGGAAUUUCCUUCUAUAUCUAAAUAUUUCUCUCCCUGUUACAUUUUUUAUCCCCUUUUUUUCAUCCUUCCUCUUUGCACAGGUGUUGAUAGGUUUCAUUUAGGUCAGCGUCCAUCUUCAACAGUAGCGUUUAUCUGUACCCGAUUCCACCACAACCACCUUCGAUCCCUUAUCCCUCUAUAUCUACAUAACUCGCUCCUCUAUUAUAGGCCAAUUCUUACUCUCUCUCCUUUUUUAUCUUUUUUUCCUUCGUUUACCUUUCAAAUUUCCUGUAAAGACACGAAGAAAAAGACUGAGUUAAAUGAACGUGAUCAUUUCUUCAACAACAAGUGCAUUUUCUGUAAGACACAUGGCAAUCACAUAAUCUAUCUAUCUAUCUAUCUAUCUAUCUAUCUAUCUAUCUAUCUACACAAAAUCGUUGUCGUCGUCCUCCUCCUUAUUCUUCUGCUCCUCUUCUUCGUUCAUAGUCUCCCUCCUCUUCCAUCUUCUUCUUCUUCUUCUUCUUCUUCUUCUUCUUCUUCUUCUUCUUCUUCUUCUUCUCUUCCAUAUUCUUCUACUUUCUUCUCCUCAUCUCCUCCUCCUUAUUCUUCUGCUCCUCUUCUUCGUUCAUACUCUCCCACCUCCUCCUCCUCCUCCUUCUUCUUCUUCUUCUUCUUCUUCUUCUUCUUCUUCUUCUUCUUCUUCUUCUCUAAUUUCCUUUUUAUUUUUCUUCCCAAAUAA